AUGGAUUCAAACGAUACUAUAGCUGCUACAGAAGCGACGGCCCCCGUGGCAGUAUUCAAAAAGCGAGGUACCAAAGGAAAAGCAAACCUCAGAAAGCGGCCUGCGACACCACCACCGGCCGCAAGCGAUAGCGACAGCGAUUAUAGCUCGUCUGAAGACGAGUCUGGGCAGCGUGUGAAGCGGCGGCGGAGGAAUGCCGCGGUCACAGUUUCGUCAAAAGAUGCCUCAACUGCUGGCAACGACUUGAAAUCCACUGCCUUCAAGGCGAACCGUGAUAUGCCGAUUUCAAAUUCAAACGAUGCGACGAAACAGAGCAACUGGUACGAUGAUGAUGCAAAGGAUGACCUAUCAGCAAAGAGCCUUCUCGGAUCAUCAAAAUCAGCAGCCAAAGGAACCAUGCCUGACGGUACAUAUAAAGGACUGGCGAAUCAAACAUCGUUUAUCCAGAAGAAUCCCGAUGCGCCGCAACGGACGGUUGGACCGAUCAAGGCAGCAACAAACAUCCGAACCAUUACGGUGACAGAUUUUGCUCCUGAUGUCUGCAAAGAUUAUAAGAAGACUGGAUUCUGUGGGUUUGGCGACAACUGUAAAUACUUGCAUAGCCGUGAAGAUUACAAGCACGGAUGGCAGCUCGACAGAGACUGGGACACGGUCACCAAGGGCAAGACAAACUUGGGAGGCACUGUCGUUGCCAACGCGAAUCGAGACAAAACCGACGGUAACGACGAAGAAGACGAGCAAGAUUCUCUGCUGCAAAACAUUCCCUUUGUUUGCAUCAUCUGCGAAGAGUCGUACAAAUCUCCUAUUAUUACACGAUGCGGACAUUACUUUUGUGAAAAAUGUGCAUUGAAUCGGUAUCGAAAGGAUCCUACUUGCGCAGCUUGUGGAGCCGGAACGAAUGGAGUGUUUAACUCUGGCAAACGGCUGACCAAGUUGUUGGAUAAGAAGCGCGAACGUGAAGCAAAGAGGAGGCAAGCAGCAUUAGAAGCAGGCGAAGAAAUGAGUGACCAGUAA